GGGUCCCGGGGCCGAGGGAGCGCGGAGGGCACGCGCGCCAUGAACCCGAAGGCGGGCGGUGAGGAAGAGGACUGCGUGGACUCUGGCGCCGAGACCGGAGGGUCCGACUACAGCCACCUGUCCUCCACCAGCAGUAAAUGUGAGCUUUCUGUGGAGGAGGCACAGGACCCUUUCCUGGUGAGCAUCCACAUCAUCGCAGACCCAGGGGAGUCACAGCCACUGCAGGAGGCCAUCGACAAGGUUUUGGCGUGGGUUCACCCUGAUCUCCCACUGUUCCGAGUGUCUGAGCGGCGCACAGUCAGGCGAAGGCGGAAGUCUCCCAAGGGUGCACAGCCGGCGUUGGCAGUGGUGCUGUUCCUGCAGGAGGAGUACGGAGAGGAACAGAUCCUACAGGUACACAGGGUGCUGCAGCAGCCGCCCUGGCGCCACCACCACACAGAGCGAGUGCAUGGCCGCUUCAUACCCUACCUGCCUUGCAGUCAGGACUUCUUCACUCUGGCUCCCGGGACCCCACUGUGGGCAAUCAGACCGGUGCACUACGGCAAGGAAAUCGUGCGCUUCACCAUCUACUGUCGCCAUAACAGCUAUGCUGACAGCCUCCGCUUCUAUGAGCUGAUCUUGCGCCGGAGCCCCAGCCAGCGGAAAGCAGACUUCUGCAUCUUCCCCAUUUUCUCCAAUCUGGAUGUGGACAUCCAGUUCUCCCUGAAAAGACUACCCUGCGACCAGAAGCCAGUGCCCACCGACUCCUCCGUGCUGGAGUUCCGAGUGAAGGACAUCGGGCAACUGGUACCGCUCCUCCCCAACCCCUGCAGCCCCAUCAGCGAGGGGCGCUGGCAGACUGAGGACCACGAUGGCAACAAGAUCCUUCUGCAGGCACAGAGGACACACAAAAAGGCCCCCAAGUACGGCAGAGCGCAUCACUCCUCGGAGAAGAAACCGCACUCCGCUCCUCUGGCAGCCGUCGUCGACACACCAGACACAGGACAGGGCAGCAGCCAGACAGCCCUACGUAACAGCCCAUGCAAACAGAUAGCCCGGCUCCCUGGGGACAGCCCACAGUCGAGCACCUCCAGCCCUGCCUGGUCUUUCCAGAGAAGCAAGUCUUUGUUUUGUUUGCCCAGUGGAGGCCCCUCCCCGACUGAACCACAACCACUACCGACUGAUUCCCAGAGACACAGUGCGUCAGAGUGGAAGCCCAGCCGCCUCAUGUCCAUUGAUGACUUAGAGGGGGCCCAAGAGACAGAUGUGGACACGGGCCUGCGGCUGUCCUCCUCAAACCUGUCUGUGGUCUCUGCAUAUUCUGCCCCCAGUAGGUUUUGCAACACAGUAGAGGCAUCCCUCUCCUCCGAGAGAUGUAGCAGCCACUGGCCAGCACACAAGAGUCCCAAGAAAGGACCACUGCCCGCUGCCAGUGAGGUGAGCCCAGACACUGCCUGUGUUUCCCACUCUCUCCUCACCAAAGGGUCCCCCAGGCCUGAAGAGACAACUACUCCUGGCCUCUCAGCUUCUGAUGCCUCCUUGCUCACAGAGUUAUCCACACCCCUGCCAUGUCAUGACCCCAAAGCCACACAGGGGGUCCAAGGCAUGCCAUUGCCUCCAACAACGGUUGGUUCCGAGACUGAUGACAUGGAGGAGUUCUACAUCUGAGCGCAUCUUGGCUUUCAGACAGACUCAGUCACAGAAACCGGGGUACCACUGUACCCGGCUCUUUGUUCACAGGGUGCUCUCAGCCCCGUUUGCCAGCUGACUCGAACUUAAUUAUCUGUCUUGGGGGAGCGUUGGCAUGUUGACCGUGCCACCUAUCCUUAGCUGACAGUUGCCAUAUUUCUAGAGGUUCAGAAAAAAGAAGAAGGAGA